UCUCGUUCUCUCCAUCAUUUGCUCCUGCGAUCAUCGCUUUCGCUUUCUGUUUUCCUUGUGCGGAAGGGAGGGAGAGGAGAGGAGACGCACCUCGGCCGCAAUAAUAGAGGCAGCGGAGCUGGGUCGUGGAUUUUGUUCUCGAUUUCGGCCGAUUAGGGCGGAUCUUUUUGGGUGCCAUCGCAGUGGUUUUGCUGGGAAUUUGGGUCGGAAUCGGCGGAAGUGCGCUCCAGGCUUUCGUCUACGUGCCGAGGGAAUUUUGGGUGUUACCGAUGCGAAUUCUGAGUUGUUCCGUCGCCUGAUGUCUUUCUUCAUGGCAAUUGUAGAGAAAUUAUCAAUGGAGCAAACUUCGGAGAAUUCAGCUCGUUUAGUUUCCUCAAAUUUUCUAUCGGUGAAGACUCCAAAGAAGGCAGAAAAUGCGUGGGACAUUCCAUCUGGAUCCAAUACGCUCUGUGGAUCAAGUGAUGUUAGCCUUUUCUCAAGCUCAUUACCAGUACUUCGUCAUGAAAAAUCGAAUUUUGCAGAUUCACACAUCGGUGCUCAAUGGACUUUUGAUGCAUCUUCCAAACUGGAAAAGGGAAACAAUGACGCGGAGAGUAAGGUUUGUGUGGAUGAUCUGGACCUCCAUGGGACUGGGAUCCUGUUACCUGAUGAUGAAGAAGCCCUUUUGUCUGGCAUAAUGGAUGAUUUCGACCUUAAUGGGUUGCCUAGUCAAGUUGAUGAACUUGAAGACUAUGAUCUUUUUGGCAGUGUUGGGGGCAUGGAAAUGGAUUCUGAUCCUAUAGAAAGCAUUACAGUUGGUAUUGCAAAGGCAAACAUCUCUGAUGGCUUUUUAGGCAAUGGAAUUAGUCAGUAUGGUCUUCCUAAUGGUGUUGGGACUAUUUCUGGGGAACACCCAUAUGGAGAGCAUCCUUCGAGAACUCUAUUUGUGCGUAACAUCAACAGUAAUGUUGAAGACUCUGAAUUGAGGUCGCUCUUUGAGCAAUUUGGGGACAUCCGAAGUCUUUAUACGGCAUGCAAACACAGGGGAUUUGUGAUGAUAUCUUACUAUGAUAUACGAUCUGCUCGAUCUGCCAUGCGUGCAUUACAGAACAAGCCCUUAAGACGGAGAAAGCUUGACAUACAUUUUUCAAUUCCAAAGGAUAACCCAACAGACAAAGAUAUGAAUCAAGGAACUCUCGUGAUAUUUAAUUUGGAUCCUUCCGUUUCUAACGAGGACCUUAGGAAAAUAUUUGGUGCCUAUGGAGAAGUUAAAGAGAUAAGGGAGACUCCUCACAAGCGGCACCACAAAUUUAUUGAGUUUUAUGAUGUCAGAGCAGCAGAAGCUGCCCUGCGGUCAUUGAACAAGAGUGACAUAGCUGGGAAGCGAAUAAAGCUAGAACCAAGCCGCCCUGGUGGAGCUCGCAGGAACUUAAUGCAACAAUUGACUCAUGAGCUAGAACACGAUGAGACCAGAGUUUAUCGGCACCAUGGGGGAUCACCUAUCGCCAAUUCACCACCAGGUCUAUGGGCACAAUUCAGUAGUCCAAAUGAUAACAGUCCACUACAAGUUCUUAGCAAGUCCCCUAGUGGGGGAGCAAUGAGCCCCAUUAAAAAUAAUCAUUUGCCUGGACUAGCUUCUGUACUUCCUCCAAUGAUAUCAACUUCCACUAAGAUUGCACCAAUCGGAAAGGACCAAAAUAGGGCCAGCCAUGCUGAUCAGGUAAUUUCUGGUGGGAGUCCCAUACAUGGAAGUGGAUAUCAGCAAUCUCAUUCCUUCCCAGAUCAUGGUCAUGGAUUGGUGACCCCAACUCUAGGAAAUUUAACUUCUUUUGGUCCUUCUACAUCGAAUGCAUCUGGAGUUGGAACUCUAACUGGCCCACAGUUUCUCUGGGGUAGCUCGGCUUCUUACACAGAUAAUAUGCAGUCUUCUGCUUGGCAGUCUAGGGCUACAGGAAAUUCAUUCAUGUCAAAUGGACAAGGGCAAGGGCAAAACUUUCUAUAUUCAGGCCAUCAUGGCUCGUUCACUGGGUCAUCACACAGUCAGCAUCACCAUCCUGUUGGAUCAGCUCCAUCUGUUGUUCCUUUCGAGAGGCAGUAUGGAUAUUUUCCCGAGUCACCAGAGACAUCCUUCAUGAACCAAGUUGCAUUUGGAAAUACUGGGAUUAACCGAAAUGGUGGCAGUUUACUUAUGAACACAACUCCUCAGGCCACUAUGAAUCAAGGGAUAAUGUCAGGAAACAUGCCAGAUAAUAGUUCACCCAAUAUGAGAAUGAUGCCUCCUCAGAGAUUUGGACCUGUGCUCUUUCGCAGUCCUCCUUAUUCUGGUCUAAGUUCCAUCGGCAUUGAUGGUCUAGUUGAUCGGAACCGCAGUCGGCGAGUUGACAACCAUGGUGGUCAAGUAGACAAGAGGCUGUAUCAGCUUGACUUGGACAAAAUAAUUAAGGGGGAAGACACUCGAACAACGAUAAUGAUAAAAAACAUUCCAAAUAAGUACACCUCGAAGAUGCUUUUAGCUGCAAUAGAUGAAACUCACAAAGGCACGUACGACUUUUUGUACUUGCCAAUAGAUUUUAAGAAUAAAUGCAAUGUGGGUUAUGCAUUUAUAAACGUGGUGUCUCCUGCACACAUAAUAUCCUUUUAUGAGGCAUUCCAUGGGAAGAAAUGGGAGAAGUUUAACAGUGAGAAGGUUGCCUCUCUGGCAUAUGCAAGAAUCCAGGGUAGAGCUGCACUUGUUGCCCACUUCCAGAACUCUAGCUUGAUGAAUGAAGAUAAGAGAUGCCGCCCCAUUCUUUUUUAUUCUGAGGGAGCGGAGGCUGGUUAUCAGGAAUUCUUUUCAUCAAGUCAUGUGGAUGUGCAUCAAGAAGAUAUGACUGAAUCAGUGGGUGACUCACCUGAAGGUCCACGAGGAAGCAGUAAUGGGCUGCCAGAGAACACCAUCGUACCUGGAACUAGCUUGGAAGGGUAGCAGUUCCUCACAGCAACCACGUAUUUGUGAAUACUAACUCUCCAUAGGUAUUCUAAGUGUAAAAUACGGUGAGGUGGGGGGGGGUGUGUGUUUGGGCAAGGAAACUGCAGGUGCAAUUGUAUUCAAGGGUGUGUCCACUUUUGCAGCCACGGAUGCACCAAAGCAUCAUCAGCUCCAUUAAUCGAAACAGGGAUAUAAGUCCCUGUUCCUUCUUUUGUACAGAUAGGAAGAUCCUGACGUCAAGAAAUAAAGGUUGAAGUGUAUAGGUUUGAUCACGGUCAGUCUGCUGGUAAGCACAUUGCUAACUGGUUGUGCAUGGUUUCAUCUUUUUCCUUUUAGGCACAUGGUUUUAAUGGAUGUCUUUUGAACAUUGUAUUAUUGUACAUAAUGGGACUUAAUUUAGUGCACUUAAUUUUCA